UUCACUCGCUCCAGUCUCCAGCCACACUGAACGCAGUGGCCGGAAGAAGUGACAGGCGCCGGGAUUUCACCGGCGAUCUGAGCCCGUCCGCAGCGACCUUCGUCUCCGUCUCCAGAUCCGAGUGUUCAGCAAGGAGGAUAGAAGAUGGAUGCUGCUGCUGAGGAGUCUCCCCGCCGGUGGCCAUGGGUCGUACCAUUUGUUGAUGGUGAGACAGAGCAGCCAGCCAAUGCCGUAUCCAAGGUCCUCUGCGACGACAACCUCCUUAGGAAGAUCAUAGUCCGCGUCGGCUUCCCAACCACCCUUGUCCGUGCCGCCCUCGUGUGCAAGCGCUGGCUCAGGCAUGCCGCCAACCCUGCCUUCCUCUCUCGUUUCCGCAAGCUCCACCCACCCUCCCUCCUAGGCUACUACUUCUCUGAGUGGUCGGUCUCGUCGAAGAAUCUAGGUGCUCCACCCUUUCACCUAAUGCUGCCUCAGCCCCUGCUGCAAGAGUCUUUUGGCCAUGCCCCCAUCACCAUCCACCUUUCUAGUCCACGCUUUGUCCCGAUGCUACCUCAGCCCCCAGAGCUUUCCACUGUCAUCCGUCACCUUGCUGACUACAGGUUCGGUGUCCACGAUGACACUCUACUGAUCAAGCACUGCCAUAACGGCACCAUCUUCACCCAGCAUGACAAAGGAGAAACAGAAUUGACACUUGGAGUGCACCGCCCGCUGUGUCCUGAGAGAGGUAUGCCUAUCGUCCCACCAUUCCCAUGUGUGGAACGCAAUCUCCAAUGGUUUGGUGCAAUGCUCUCCAAAGAAGGAAGCAACGGUGGCUUGUCCUACCUGUAUGUGUUGGGUACCAAGGACUUGGGAAAGUUCCUGGUGCAUGUGUAUGUGUUGCAAGAUGGUGUUUGGUCCCUGAAUACCUCGGCCACAUGCCAGCCCUGUCUUAUCCAUUGGGAACCAAAAGUUGUGCUUGUUGACAACAAAAUCUAUAUCCCGGCCCGCAACAAUGACAACAUUUUUGUCUUGGAUUUGAUGACCUCAACUUUCUCCACAAUUCAGCUCCCACAAGGAGUAAGCUAUAACUAUUUUAGGACCAUGCUGUCACCGGCCGAUGACGCUUCCGGCGUUUAUCUCAUCCAUGUCAACGGAUUUGAACUUCGCAUAUGGCUCUCCAAGGGGAACAGCUGGUUACUGGUCGAUACCAUUUGUUUGAAUAUGUUAGAUCACACGCUUGAGGACGACCAUAAUGCAAAUGUCCGGAUAAGCCAGGUUGAAAACAAUGCUGAGUUUGUUUUCUUGAGGAUGGGUGGAUGCACACUCUAUCUGGACGUCACGAGCAAGACACUGCGUAAAUUGCAUGAGAGGACAGAAAAUGGUCGACAUUUCAGUGAUACCAAGCCUUUUAUGAUGAUUUGGCCACCCAUAUUCCCUGUGCUCAAGGAUGACCCUGCAAGGGAUGCCAUGUGAAGAAAAAGGAUACGUGGGAGCUUUUGAAUGGCGAGUGACAAAGUCUCCAGCAAGGAAGAGAAAAGAGCUUCAUUUCCUUGCUUGCAAUUCUAGUAACUAUCUUUGUUAUAACUUGUAGAGUAAUGGAUUAAUUAGGAUGUUAUGUAUCAUGUAACCGGAGCAUGUACCCAUAUCCUGUAUCAUGACAACUGCUUGUGACCCAGGUCUGUUUUGUGAAGAAGACUCUCCGUUCAUAUGUUUAUU